GGACCGGCGUUGAUUGGGUGUGUUCUUCAGACUCGACAACAAUACUUGCGGAAGACUGGCGAGCUUCACUAUGGCCGUCUAGAACUCCGCCUGCGCUCGUCGCCAAUACAGACCGUUCCUGGCUACCUGUCUAGCCGUCUACGAUAUCACAUCGCACGAUCACCCCUCUUGAAACAACCCGACAGGUGUUGAGAGAUUGUUGGGAUUGAAGAUUCCGGUCGAGACCGCCAUUCCGUCAUGGCUACCGCAUACCCUGAUGAAAUCCAGGCUUCACCUGAGGCGGCCUCGCCCGUGAGCCCGUCUUCUUCAACCGGCCAGAUUCCUUUGGAACAACCGCCCAAACUCAAGGGACGUCAUAAGUUGUUGCAGAGUCUUCAACGCAUCUCGUCCAGUCCUAGUUUGACCCGACGGGGCCGAUCCCAUUCUACGGGAUAUCGCCGGGAUGGGAAGGCAUCUUUGUCGUGUGUAUCGCUCUCGCAGUCCGCAUAUACCCCGUGUCUGGGCAAUGGAAGCACUUCCCAGCUCUACGGGGGAUUGAACGCCCGUCCGAUAACCCCCGGCUCUGGCUUUCCGGCAGAUCAUGAUGGGAAUGCCCGAAUCCGCCUUGUCGGCUCCGAUUCCCCCAAUGCCGCCCACUCGCGCACCGUUCCCCUGCCUACCGACUUGCGUCCGGGAUCUCGCGGCUCCCCGUUGGGGAUGGACGCGGUUGACGAAGCUGCCACGGCACGGUCGACCCCGAAGCCCAAGCGAGUCUUUGAUUUCUGGGGGAAUAUGCCCGAUGAGCUGAAGAUGCGGAUCUUUCAGUUUCUGAGUCCGAAGGAGAUUGUCCGUUGCUCUGCCGUCUCCAAGGCAUGGAACAAAAUGUGUUAUGAUGGACAGCUGUGGACCGAGGUUGACACCACAGACUACUACCGCGAUAUCCCGAGCGAUGGUCUUGUGAAGCUCAUCACAGCCGGCGGACCGUUUGUUCGCGAGCUCAAUCUUCGCGGAUGUAUCCAAUUGAAGGACAAAUGGCAAACCGAGGGGGAUCGCAUCACCGACCUGUGCCGGAAUCUGGUCAACUUUUCGCUGGAGGGAUGUCGCAUUGACAAAUCUUCUAUUCACUACUUCCUUUUGCGAAAUCCCCGUCUUCAGUACGUCAAUCUCUCCGGAUUGUCGUCGGUCAGCAACUCGGCCAUGAAGAUCAUCGCACAGUCCUGUCCCCAGCUCGAAAUGUUGAAUGUAUCCUGGUGCACCGGCAUCGAUACCUCGGGACUAAAGAAGAUCGUCAGAGCUUGUAAAAAGUUGAAGGAUCUCCGCGCGAGUGAAAUCCGUGGGUUUGAUGACGUCGAAUUUGCUGUAGACGUGUACGAGCGAAAUACUCUUGAACGCCUGAUCAUGAGCCGCACCGAUCUAACUGACGACUGCCUUAAGGCGCUUAUGCAUGGCAUUGACCCGGAAAUGGAUCUCCUUGAGGAACGGCCGAUUGUCCCUCCUCGGCGAUUGAAACACUUGGACAUUCACCAGUGCCCGGACUUGACGGACGAUGGGGUGAAGAGUCUCGCCCACAAUGUGCCAGAACUCCAAGGCUUGCAACUUUCACAAUGCUCUGAGCUUACCGACGAAUCCGUGAUGGCGGUCAUCCGAACCACGCCUCACCUGACGCAUCUCGACCUGGAAGAUAUGGAGAGACUGUCGAACAACACGCUUAUCGAGCUGGCCAAGUCCCCGUGUGCGGCGCGCCUGGAACAUCUGAACAUCAGUUAUUGCGAGAACAUUGGAGACAUUGGAACCUUGCAGAUCAUGAAGAAUUGUCCCUCGCUUCGCUCCGUGGAAAUGGACAACACACGCGUAUCCGACUUGACUUUGAUGGAGGCCAGCUUCCGUGUGCGCCGACGCGGUUACGACGAGAACCUUCCUCGGAUCGGCCUGCGUCUGGUCGUCUUUGACUGCGCCAACGUGACCUGGGCUGGUGUCAAGGAGGUCCUUUCUAGCAACGCGUAUCUUCCGCGCGCCACUCGCAAGUCAAUGCAGGCUGUCUCUGUUGUCACUCAUGCGGUAGCCCCGGGUCAGUCCACGACCGAGAUCGCUUCCUCAAUCACCCCUCCCCCGCCGCCGCCCGUCUAUCCCAAUGAAAUCAUUCACCUUAAGUGCUUCUACGGCUGGCAGAUGACGGUGGACGAACACAACAAGCGAGUGCUUCGUGGCGACUUGGUAGCUGCGAGCCGACUGGAUCGCAAGUGGGCCGAAUACAUGAUGGCAACGGAGGAAGCAGGCGCUCCCGGGGCGGGAGUGAGGCGAAGACGACGUCGAGCCCGCGAGGCCGAGAGAAUUUACAAUGACGACGAUGAGGAUGCCCCUUAUGGUGUGGGACCCCAGGCCCUGGGAGCUGGAAGACGACGACACACCGAAGGCGGCGGCGGCAGCGGAGGCUGCAGCGUCAUGUAGUGACUACACAUCGGCUGGUAUUGCAAUCGAGCAAUUGUCUGAGCGAUCACUCUUUGUUUUGUUACAGGUUCCGGAAACCUGUCAUAGAC